AUGAUGACUGAGUCUAAAAGCCUGAAAUCAAAUCCUAGACCUACAGCUUUCUUGCAGGACCUCCGACUGAUCUUGCGGAGUGGAUCUCCCCCAACCCCGCCGGCGUUUCGCUCGGGCUCCCUCCGCUCUGCAAAGGGAGCAGGGAGCUGGGGGAGCCUUGCACACCAGUCUUCCCGGAGCUGCAGACGAGGAGCCCCGCGCCCUCGGGAGCCUCUCCGCGGCUUUCCCUCCGCCGCGCGGCUGUGCAGCCUCUCCCCGCCGCCCCCACCAGCAGCUCGCCCUCGCUCCCCACCUCCAGCCCCGCCAGCCGGAGCGCGCACACCGGGGCUCCGGCACGUGGGCGCGCGGGAGGUGGCGGCCGCUGCUGCCGCUGCCGGAGCCCGAGCCCGAGCCGGAGCCAGAGUCCUAGCAGGAGAGAUCGCCCUCCAUGCUGCGGGCGCUGCGGCCGCCUUCCGCUCAGCCUCGGGUCCCAGGCGAGCCUUGCGAGCCGGCGAAGCAGCGGAGGGGAGGAGGACUAGGACGGGAGGAGGGGCUCGGCGGGCUGGAGCGAGCUGGGCUGUGAGCACUAGGGACCCGCAGCCUGGAGGAAGCAGCCCCGCUCUAUCGCGCGCUCUCUGCUCUAGCCGCUACUGGGGGCUCCAGGCAGCGCGAUGCCGCUGCGCUUCUUCUAGGCGGCGGCCGGCGGAGACAUUCCGCAGCCGCUUGGCCCGCACCGGCCCCUGUUCCGCUGGCAAAUCCCUUGUCUAUCCGGAAGGACGCACCCUGCCGCCAGAGCCGGAGCGAGCGGGAAGUCCGAAGUCAGCCUCCAGCGCCUCCAACUUCCCUGUGAGCCCCUCUCCCUGCCGCAGCCUGCGCCAGACCUGGGAGCGAUGCGCCCCCAGCCGGGCGGCGCGCCCUCUGCCAACUCGCCACCCAUGGGAUCGACUGCUCUCAGCUGCCCGGCUUGGAGUGCGUAGCCUUCGCCGCGUGGCCCAGGAGAGGAGCAAGACAGCGAGGCGUUUCGCGGACUCCGCGAGCACUGGUCGGCUUGGUGGCUGCUGGAUAGCGUUUAUACCAAGGGACUUGGACGAAACCUCCAUCCUCAGGGAUUUGGAGAAGGCUCUACUGGAACCUGUGUGAAAGCUGAGACAACCAUCCCUUUUGUGGUGGCCUGAGGAGAUUUUCUUAAUCCCAAUGUUGCCCUGAAAUUUAUGUCCAGGAUUCAAGAAG